UUCACAAGUUCCCACUACGCUCUCCUCAGCAUCGGCUCCGGUACUGAUAAAUAAAGGGUAGAGUAUUCGCAUUAGUUGACCCAUAUUUGAUCGCCACUAGGAAGCAGAGGGUAGAUCGUGCCAGCGGCGUGGUGUCGGCCGCAUUCGUCGAUCUGUUAGACACUCCGGCGGGUCGCCACCUUCCCUUUUCUGCGGAAGCAGGCAGCAUGAUGAUCAAGUUAAUCUGUAAUCUGUAAAGGUCAUCCCAUAUAAAUAUUUUGCUCCCAAAGUUUAUGGGAUCUGUUCGGAAGUGAUGAAACUCCUCCUAUGAUGUAAUCUCUUAAAACUUGAAGCUUGAAUCUACCUUUGCCAUCAUGGUGAUCGUGGCAUCCUUGCUGCUACUUUUUCUGUUGCUGGCAAUGAUGCCUAUUAUCGGUAGUGCUGAGCUAACUGGGCAAAAGGCACCAUGGAGGAUCCAUACAUUGUUUUCAGUGGAGUGCCAGAAUUAUUUUGAUUGGCAGACAGUUGGCUUAGUCCACAGCUAUCGCAAAGUGCAACAGCCUGGGCCAAUCACCAGACUUCUUAGUUGCACUGAUGAGGAGCGUCGGCAUUACAAGGGAAUGGGGCUUGCCCCGACCUUUGAGGUCCCAUCCAUGAGCCGCCACCCAAAAACUGGAGAUUGGUAUCCUGCUAUUAAUAAACCUGCUGGCAUUGUCCAUUGGCUUGAACAUAGCAAAGAUGCUGAGAAUGUUGAUUGGGUUGUAAUCUUGGAUGCAGAUAUGAUAAUUCGGGGUCCAAUUAUUCCCUGGGAACUUGGGGCAGAGAAGGGAAAGGCUGUUGCUGCAUAUUACGGGUACUUAAUUGGAUGCGAUAACAUUCUAGCACAGUUGCAUACAAGGCACCCGGAACUAUGUAACAAGGUUGGUGGGCUUUUGGCCAUGCAUAUUGAUGACUUGAGAGCCCUAGCACCUAUGUGGCUUUCAAAGACAGAGGAAGUUAGAGAGGAUAGGGCUCAUUGGGGAACCAACAUAACUGGUGACAUUUAUGCUCAAGGUUGGAUCAGUGAGAUGUACGGUUAUUCUUUUGGCGCUGCUGAGGUUGGUCUUCACCACAAGAUAAGUGAUGAUUUAAUGAUCUACCCGGGUUAUGUUCCAAGAGCUGGUGUUGAGCCUAUUCUCUUGCACUACGGGUUACCUUUCAAAGUUGGAAACUGGUCUUUCAGCAAGUUGGAGCAUCAUGAGGAUGGGAUUGUCUAUGAGUGCAACCGUCUUUUUCCACCUCCCCCAUAUCCCAAAGAGAUGAUAGAAUCCAACUCGCAUGAGAGACGAGGUUUAUUCCUAAGUAUAGAAUGCAUUAACACUCUAAAUGAAGGACUCCUAGCACACCAUGCGUCCAUGGGAUGCCCUAAACCAAAGUGGUCUAAGUAUAUGAGUUUUCUGAAAAGCGAGAGAUUUUUGGAACUCACUAAAACGAAAUAUUUAAAUUAUCAUGAAAUGAGAAAUUCAACUAUGGUGCAAAGUAAGGUUGCUGAUGAUUCAAGAAGGCCACAUCCAAAAAUACAUACCCUUUUUUCAACCGAGUGUUCGCCAUAUUUUGAUUGGCAAACUGUAGGUCUUAUUCAUAGCUUCCAUUUGAGUGGCCAACCUGGAAAUAUUACUCGGCUUUUAAGCUGUACUGAUGAAGACUUGAAGAAUUAUAAAGGGCAUGAUAUAGCACCUACACAUUACGUUCCAUCUAUGAGUCAGCAUCCACUGACUGGAGAUUGGUACCCUGCGAUCAACAAACCAGCAGCUGUUCUCCAUUGGCUUAAUCAUGUGAAGACUGAUGCAGAGUUCAUUGUUAUUCUUGAUGCUGAUAUGAUACUUAGAGGUUCCAUUACACCAUGGGAAUAUGGUGCUGACCGUGGCCGUCCAGUUUCAACACCGUAUGAAUACCUUAUUGGUUGUGAUAAUGUGCUGGCAAAGAUUCAUACACGCAACCCUGAAGCUUGUGACAAGGUUGGUGGUGUCAUAAUAAUGCAUAUAGAAGACUUGCAGAAGUUUGCACUACUAUGGCUUCAUAAAACAGAGGAAGUUCGAGCUGAUAAAGCUCAUUAUGCCACUAACUUCACUGGGGAUGUAUAUUCAUCUGGCUGGAUUAGCGAAAUGUAUGGCUACUCGUUUGGGGCAGCUGAGCUAAAUCUGAAGCAUAUUGUAAGAAGAGACAUACUAAUAUAUCCAGGAUAUGUUCCCGAACGUGGUGUCAACUAUAAAGUGUUUCAUUAUGGGCUCAGAUUCACUGUUGCUAACUGGAGUUUUGACAAAGCUGACUGGAGAAUUACUGAUAUGGUUAACACCUGCUGGGCCAAGUUCCCUGAACCACCUCAUCCUUCUAACCUUACCACCUCGGAUGAAAAAGCCUUGCAAAGGGAUCUUCUUAGCAUUGAAUGUGGACAAGCACUGAACCGUGCUCUUCAAUUCCAUCACGACAGGAGGAAAUGUUCUCUAUAUAGUAUCACGAAUUCACAGCCGGCAUUGUUGGAUGGGAAAGUUGAUCAAAAGGAUAUAGUAUAUGGAAUGAGUAAACUCCCUGUUUCAAAAGCUGCUUCUAAUAUAUCGUUGCUUCAUGGAUCAAAAUUUCUGGAUCGAUCUUUGAAGAUCUGGAUGAUUGGCAUUUGGGCUCUUUCAGUGAUCGGUUUCCUGGCUGUUAUUUCAAUGUUGUUUUCGAGAGGAAAAGUUGAUAUUUCAAGGACAAAGAUCAACAGAAAAAGGAAUUCUAAGCAUUAUGACACGGAGAGCAGUUCUGAGGCAUAAGAUAUACAAAGAUGAAACAAGCAUUUGGGUUAGAUGCUCUGUAAACUAUGGAGCUUACUUUUCUUUUUUUACUGUAGUUGGAAAGAAAAAUAUUCAAAUUGUUUAGUUUGCUGUGCCUGCACCGUACAGCUAGUUUGGAUGGUAAAGAUGUAGAAGUUAUUGUGAAGGUCCUGAAAUUGAAUCCCAUUCCUCAACGGCCUUCAUUUAUGCUAGUUUUUGAGUAUCUCUAGCAGCUGAGUUCAUGGUGAAAGUUUCAUUUUCCAUG